AUUCCAUUCAAAUAAAAAUACAUUUAUAUAGAACCUAGGAUUCAUUUGUACAGUAAAUAGGCUACAGAAUGUUUCUAUGUCAGAAUUAACGCAAGUUAGCCAUGGGACAGGUAAUACUCUUGCAUACACCACAGGUUGUAAAAAUGUGUCGAACCACCAUCAAGUUAGACUGUUCAGCUACUUGGAAAGGUACGCUAUAAUAAACAAAACGCCACUACUUGAAUGAGUGUGGAUCACGAGAUGAAAACCCCUCAUCACACAUAAAAGGGUGCCAGGCCCAGAAAUGGCCCGAACACAUUUUAGAGUAACAUAAUACAGGUAAACGUGUGAUAAUCUGGAGAAAGCGCGCAUAGACAGAUAUUGCCGGUGCACCAUAGAUAUGUCAUGGCAUAGUUAUUUUAUAAUAUUUUCGAAAAGGUUAAAAAAAAAAAACUGCGUAGUAUGCCGUUCAAGGAAGCAUACAGAUUAAAGGAUGCAUGCGACCAGGAAACAAGUUCUGUGGUGAUAAGGGGUUAAAUUCCUCAGUAAAGUUACCUCAGGUUAUAAAUGCACUAGAAUGUCCUUGAGAAGUGGAAGUAAAAAGUGAACUGGGGGAAAGACUAGCUCGCGGACUCGGUUUAUUAACGUUCAAUGUCAACGAUUAAUGGUUAACAAAAUAAAUUUGGUGUACGAAAGCUUUAAUUUGAAAAGCUAAAUAACAGGCAUUUUCAGACAUGGGAGAAAUAUUACGAACAUCCUCACCAGAUCCGGGACUUGGUGUAACGUCCCGUUUGCCCAAGCUCAGAAUUGUGCUCAUUUGUAAUGACAAGCAACAGAAGAACUGGGCAGUAAACACCAUCCUUGGCCGAACACAAGCUUUGUCGAACCUAGACAUUAAGACGGAGGGUGAAGUGCAAGACAGGCAUGUCAUUAUAGUCAGUGCACCAGACUGGGUAGAAUAUUCUGUUCAGGAACCCUGGAAGCAUGUCAAACAGCAGAUCGAAGAAAGUGUGUCCUUGUGUCUGCCGGGACCACACGCCUUCCUCAUGCUCGUUCCAUUGCGCCCGUUUAGAGAAGCAGAGAGGAGGGAGGUGGAGGAAAAUCUGGAGCUGCUCUCUGAUAGCAUCUGGAGACGGUCAAUAGUGCUGUUCUCCGGGGAAGAGCGGUUGGGCGGUAAAACCGUCGAGAAGCACAUCGAGGAGGAACCAUGCCUGCAGCAGCUUAUACGGAGGUGUAGGAACCAGUAUAACAUCCUCAGCAAUGAAAAUAGGGAGGUGGUUCUGGAGAGCAUAGUUACUGUGGUAACAGGAAAUGAUUUCCAGCAUUUUCAAAUGGGGGAGCUUUUAGAAGAAGUAAAAGAGAACAAGGAAAGAUUGGAAGAAAAUGCCAAACAGAGGCUCAUCAAGGAAAGAGAAAAGAGAAAACAAAGAGAAACACUCAAAGAAAUGAUGAUGAUAAAGGAGUCCGGACACAAUUUCCCAGAUACAACGAUGGUUCUCCUGGGAGGAUUCGGCGCUGGGAAGAGUUCCACAGGAAACACCAUCCUGGGAAAAGAGGAAUUUGACACGACGCAUAAAGCUGUGGAGUGCGUGAAGAAGCAGGGUGAAGUGGGCGGGAGGACGGUUACUGUGGUCGAAACACUGGGCUGGCACAGGGACUCCUCAGGGCAGGACGAGACGGAGCGCGUCAAAGAGCAGAUUAGGCAAAGCGAGUCUGUGUGUGCAGGCAAACCCCAUGCUUUCCUCCUGGUGGUACGCUGCAACUCGUCAUUCACGGAGACGGACAGGAGGCGAGCGGAGGAGCAUCUCUCGGCUCUCAGUGAGGAGGCCAGAAAACGCACGUUGGUGCUGUUCACUCGGGGGGACGGGCUCGGAGGGACAGACAUCGAGACGCACAUCGAGAGGUGGAAUGAGCUCCGCGGUCUCGUCGACGAGUGCGGGAACAGAUAUCACGUUUUGGACAAUAACAGCACCGAUCGCUCUCAGGUCGAAGAAUUGCUGGAGAAAGUGGAUGAAAUGGACGCUGAAAUGAAGGAAGAGACAUACCAAGGAUAUCUGGGUCAGCCGUUACGUGUGGAGGAAGAGAAACCGGGGGACAGAGAGCAGGAGUUGCAGAGAGAGGAGGAGAAGCUAAGAGAACGACACCAAGCCGAGUUGGAGGAGUUGGAAAGGGAGUUCAGAAUUCAGAAACCGCAGAACAGGCUGGAAGGAGAGAGCGUUGAACAUGUGAGUGAGCUUGAGGGAGAACUGAAGAGAAAGCAAGAGCAGAGGUCACGGUUGGAGAAGGAAGAAGGAAAGAGGAGGGAGGAGAAAGAGAUGGAGCUAAGGCAGAGGCAUAAAGAAGAGAUGGAAGCACUCAGACAGCGUUACAGGGAGGAGGACAGACAGGGUGCAAAGGGGUACCUGAAGCCUAUAUUGGCAGUUUCGGGGGCAAUAAUAGGGGGUGUAGCAGGGGCUCUAAUAGGUCCAGCAGGGGUGGCUGGGGGAACUCUCUUAGGGGCUUCAGGAAUUGGGAGCAUAUCAGCGGCUUUGGUGGCUGGGGGAAGUGUCGUAGGGGCUGCUGGGGGAAGUGCUGUAGGGGCGGCUGGGGAAAGUGGUGAAGUGGCUGCGCAAAUUGGGAGUAGAACAGGGACUAUGUUCGAUCCAACUUGGGUGGCUAGGGGAAUUCUCUUAGGGGCUGCUGGGGGAAGUCUCUUAGGGGCUGCAGUAGGAAUACUAGGAGGGAUGUUUGGACGAAGGGAGAAAUCCGAAGAGAAGGGAAGAAGCGAGAGGAGGAGUAGUAUGGAAGUUUCACUAAGUCUUUGAUUAGACUCGUGAAACAUACAGACCUCAUACAAGUUGAAUGUGUGUUUCAGUCAGAGAGGGAUAAUGUGGCGUUUAAUUUUAUAUACACAUUUCUCCCACAUGAACCCUAUUUCUGAAUGAAUUGGCACAAUUUAGCAGAACCAUGUGUAUAAAGCAUACUGGGAUACACUGGUGCGUCAGUCAUUUAUUUUUGAAAAUAUUUCAUUUCCAAAAGAAUAUGUUUUAAUAUUUUUGUACUAUAUUGAAGAUUUUCACUGACCAUCUGUACACAGCUCUUCAAUUACUAUAGGAAUUUUUUUCUAGUAUGAAUUCAUGAUUUGUUUGCUACAAAUCAAAAAUCUAAACAAACAUGCUUACAUCUUACCAUGCCUGCCCAUGUACAGUACAAAAAUGAUAGAGCCAUUAAAUGUUUUUUCCUGUGACAGUGACGUGACAUGGACAGAAGAAUCAAUAAAAAGCGUAGCUUGACUAUUUAAGUUUGUUGGCAAAUUCAUCUGCACUAAUGAAGGAGGAGUGGUGAUAUCUGUCACGUGAGGCAAAGUCAGCGUUGUCCUCCGUCAGUUGUCGGGUUUCCAUGCCAACAGCCAGAAACGAGGGCGUUAGCACGAUCUGGUCCUGGAGGGUUGGUUCCUUCCUGAAAAUCAAAACAAGGCAAGUAUAAUGGGUAAGGAGCUGGUUUUGUAACCUAAAGGUUGCAGGUUUGAUUCCCUGGUAGGGUACACUGCCGUUGCACCCUUGAGCUUGGCACUUAACUGGCAUUACUUCAGUGUAUAUCCUAUGUAAAUAGUAGUGUAAAGUCGCUCUAGAUAAGAGCGUCUGCUAAAUGUCUGUGAUGUAAUGUAAUGUAAUGGGGGUGGGACUUAUGAUUGACAUGUAUGGCAAGCCUUGAGUACUGAACGUUUUAACAUUUUACAUUUAACAGGUGUAUGUUUCUUUUUAAUCUGAUCGGACAUAGAUUUUGUUGUACACAUUCUGAUACUUUGAAUUAAAGUUGUCUGAAAAAGGA